CACAAUCAUAUGACAACUAAUAUUGGCAGGCAUUUAUGGUGGGUAUUACCAAAGCUAUAAUGACUUGUGGGGAUUUGCCACUUGUAUAUUGAUAUCUUAAAGAAGGCUUUAAAAACUAGUAUGGCCUGCAUUAUACUCAGCAUUUUCAACCAAGAAGCUCGAUCAGCAGGUCCGGCGGUGUCCUGAACAAAAUUCUGUCCGAUCACGUUCUCAUUCAAAUGACAUUCAAAGUACAGAUUUAAAAUUGGUCACAGUACAAGAAGGACUUCUUCAAAUCUUGGUACCAUUUCGGAUUGAAACGCAAUCAAAUAGUUCAUCCAUCUGAUCACUCUAGCUGAAGAUACUGAACUCGUCAUUUCGAUUACAACAAAAGACAUGGCUGUUUCCCGGAACGAAGAUAACACACAAAAGGGUCUUCAAACCUUGGAAGAAAGCCUCUCAGAGAUGCCCUUGAACAUGCGGCUUUUCUCACUCUCGAUGCGUUCUCUGUAUGCUGACAAAGCAGUUGGAGGGGGCAACAAAGCUGCUGUAGACUUCCGAAAGCUCCGUGACAACACACGGGACGACGCGAUGGUUUAUCUAAAAGGAGUGCUUCCGGUGGCCACCAAGUUCGUUUCCAACAUCAGUGAGUUCUUCGAGUUUUACACUGCUCUUUCGUACGAAGAAUGGUGCGAGAUGUUGAAAGAUAUCCAACAGGAAAUAAGCAGCUAUAAGGGACUUGCGGUGAUCCUAGUGCAGAUGCACCAAGAUAUACUGGUACCGCUAAAGAAAAGAGAAGACGAAGCCACUGUGAUUGUCAAGUCACUCCAAAACCUACAAGCGGAGUACGACAAGAAAAGAAGAGAACUCGAAAGUUCCGCUGCAACAAAAAGCGGAUGGGCAAUUGGGCUGUCAUUUGUUCCCUUUAUAGGCGCUAUAGCAGGCCCAGUGCUAGCUGCCUCCGCAAACAGUGACCUCGCAGAAGCAGUCGCCAAAGGAGAAGAGUGCUACAUUCAGGAAAGAGCCGCCAUUGCGAUCAAGGAAUGUCUCGUCCCUGCCCUCAAAAACUUCAUCGGUGGUCUUGAGGCUGCAGCCGGUUUCUUUUCUGUCAUGGAGAAUGACCUGGCGAAGUUUGAGGGCAAAGCCAACAAAGCCUUAGAAAAUAAACUGAUGCUUCAUUACAAAGUGAUGAAGAAAGAAGCCGAAAAGAUGGAUGGGCUGUGCAUGAAAUUCCACGCUGUUCUACCGGCCGUCCGUACUGAUUUUCUCGCCAUCCCUACGACUGGAACCGACAAGUCCUACGUUGAUAAGUGGCUUGAAGAGCAGAAGAAGGUCAUCAAAAGAAAGCUAAAAGAUAAGGCUGGGGGUAUCUUAAAGGCCAUCAAAGAUUCUGACCCUGCUUCUGAAAAUUAACUUUAACGAAGCAGAACGGAAUAUCGCGGGCUGAAAAUCCUCUUUUGUAUAAAGCACUGGCGUACAUUAUUGGGCUCGCGGGCAUGCCCCCCCCCCCAAAAAAAAAAAGUUUCACAACCGAGGAAACAAAACAGAAACGGAAAGAAAUUGAAAAUUAAAGAGGAUGGAAUUUUAUGGUAUUUUCUAUGUCGUGAAAAUCUUUACCGAAAUUAGAUUUUGGUAGUAAAAGGUCAAAUUGUUCUGUCUUGCAACGUUAUAGAAAUAUUUCACCAUAUGGCACAUCUGACUCCUAAAAUUUUUGGAUCCAUUGCGAUCUGGUAUAGACGACCAUUCCCACUCCCUUUAAAUCCCUUGAGGAAUGAAAUAUUGCAUGUUUUAAUCAGCACAUGCCCAUGCAGCGAUGGAUUGGGGGUACUUGAUCCCCAAAGUUCCAAGAUGAAAAAGAAAAUGAGACCAAAAAAACACAAUAAAUAACUUCAAAAUGACACUGUCAAUUCAUCAAAAUAAAAUCGAUUUACUUUUUUAAAAAAGGGGAAAAAAUGGUUCAACACAUGGCUCAAGAAAUUGUUCAACUGUUUCUUUCUCCUCCCCCCCCCCCCCUUACAUACAGCCUUAUUUUCGAUAUCGAUCCACCUUAGUUGCGAGCAAGAUAAACUAAAAGAAAAUCUGUUUUCACCACAUCCAUAUUGCACCUUCCCAGUGGCGUACCUAGGAUUUUCCACAGGGGGGGGGGGGCAAAUCGGCCGCAAAAAAAAGGUCUUCAAUCAAAAAUAAAGGUUUUCGUACCAGAAAAAAAAUUGACGAGCAAAAAAAAAAAGGUCUUCAAGCUCGUCAGGGAGGGGGGGAUAUGUUUUUUGUAUGGGUUGUGGCUCGUCAGGGGGGCAGACUGCCCCCCCCCCCCCCGUAGGUACGCUAGUGCACCUUCCUUUGGCUUAGCAAAAACAUUUCGUUACAAUUGCCAGCCACUGAUCUGUUUAUCAAACACACACACAUAAAAAGCACCUCAUCUGAAAUUGUGACUGUACAAGGUUUAUAUAGGCAUCAUGAUUUAUGGCGAAAAAGUCCACGCUUUUUAAAGUCAAAUUGCUAUCAUUUGAAUUAUUAACUUGAUUGGUGUGCAUUUGUAUUUGUAUAUGUUUUCCAUUUAGGGCAUUAUCUAAAAUGUCUUUGGCACGAAGUUGCGGCUUAUUAUUGAAAACACUUAAAGAUUAUAUGAUUGCAAGUUAAAGGAUGUUCGGUAUUAUAACAUUGUUGUCUAGAAAUCGGAAGUUAUUUUAUAUCUUUAGAAUGAAGUUUAAUAUUUGCAUCAAUUUAUUGUUAUUUUAAUUGGCCUAUAAUACGUAUAAUAAUAGGCCUAUGCGGUGCGAAAAUGAAAUCUUGUGUGUGCGGUUUUUUUUUUUUUUUUUUGAGGGGGGUAGGUAGUUUUUGUAUGCCUUGGUAUUUUCUGGUCUUCAGAUGGCGUUGACUUCGGUGGUGGCAUUUGACUAGUUUGCAGCACAGACCCUGAUUGGAACUUUCAGUACACAAGGCAUGAGUAGGCUGCACAUUCAGACCCUUAACUCGAGUGAAGGGUUUGCCCAGCAGACUAGCAUUUGAUGUCGAUCGUGUAUGAUAUUGUUCAGAGAAUGCACUCUAAUAUGAAGUGUAGAUGUGUAAACCCCGAACCACGGUAUUAACAAAAGUGGAAAGUCUAGGCCUACGCUAUAUAAUCAAGUCGAUCGGUAAAUUGCUAAAUCGUCUAUUGCCAACUCGUACACUCACCACAUGUUCUAUACUUCCAUUUAUUCUAAUGCCAUUCCGUCCAUCAACGUUUCGUCUAACAACCAUUCGGUCUAAUCAUCACUUCGUCUAAUCACCAUUCCGUCUAUGACCUUUUCGAUCCAUAACCAGUUAAUUGGUCUAAUAUCCAUUUUAUUUUCAUUUAUUUUGUUUAAUGAACACUUAGUACAAUUAGACCAAAUGUUAUAUGGACUAAAUGGCUAUUGGACCAACAGGUUAUCAGACGGAAUGGUGAGUGGACGAAUUGGCAAUUAGAGUAGACUAUGUGGAUAGUGGACGAACCGAUGGAAGGCCAAAUGAUAGCAGACAAGUUGGCGAUUGGACGAAUUGGCAUUAGACGAAUUGAAAAUUAACCGUUGAGUCAGACACGAUGAACGUCAUAAAAGUUCGACCAAGUUGGACGUUCAACAAGUUAACAAUGCUCCCAACAAGUUCUUCAGAUCAGAUUCAAAAUUCAAAUAGAAGUUAAGAGACAGAGAUGAAAGAAAUUUUGGACUGGAAUAUUUUGUUAUCAUUUGGAUGCAUGAAUAAUUCUGUAUAUUAAAUCGAUGAGGAAAUUAAAAGUAGCUGCAUUGA